AUGCUGGCUGCCCAAAACAAUCACCCAUCCGUAGUUCGCUUGCUUCUUUCCCCCACGGCCAAUCUGAAUUUUGCCUCUGCGCUGGCUGUACGCAGGUCUUCCGCGUCUGCCUCGAACGCAUUCCCUUCCCCAACGAUUUCUGGCACAUUCGGCAUAAAAAGCAGCCAUGGCAAAAACCUAUGGCCUUUAGGUUCUGAAAUUAGAGAUUCAAGCACCCUUGCCUCGGGCAAUUUAUCUUCGGUAAUGUUGGUAGCAGAUGGGGAAGUUUCAAAGAAAGCGACAUCUGUGCUACGGUUGCACCAACCCCCAGCAUCAGGUGACCAGACCGCUCUUGACGGAGGUAAUCCGUUGGCUGCUGACCUGAGCUGGAUGCAAGCACGCUUAAACGCCUGCGAUGUCUACGGUAGGACAGCUCUGCAUCGUGCUGUUGCCAACGGGCACGAAGAAUGUGUGGAUAUUCUAAUAGAGGUAUUUAUCUUCUUUCCCUAUAUCAUAAAAUAUAGUGUUUUUCACUCAUAUAUUUUUAUUUGCAUAUCUAUUUUUGCUUAUAUUUGUCCAGUAGUCUGA